CCUCGGUCUGUUGGCUUCAUUCCAUUCUCCGCUUCCUCUCCACUGCAAGCCAUUCCACUGCAUCUUGUUCUGCAUCUUGUUUUCAGAUACAUUAUAUUAAGGAUCAUCCUUCGCCAGAUGAUCAUCGCAUACGCGGCAGAAGUCGGUCUCGCGCUUGUUGGCUCCCUGGACAGCCACGCCCCCAAACCUUCUUCCCUUUUCUUUUUUUUCUCCUCGCUUGCUCUUAUCUCACCUAUCAUGCUGCUUCGUGUUCUUGCAUUUGCCUAUAUUGCCUCUUAUGCUGGCAAUGCAGCCGGGGCCGUCAUUCCUCUCUGAGACAUGCGCCCUCCGGCAGCGCCAGCUUCCCCGUGUCCUGGGACGUCAUUGAGCUACCAACCCGCUGCCUAUAACCAUAGCGUGAUAUAAAAUGUGAAAAGAGCCUAGGUCUACCAGCUGUCUGCCUAAAACCAGCCUUGCGCAAACCAAAGCGUCCUGUUCCCCUCGCAUAUCACUUAAUGUAUUACCCUCAGAGGCUUGUCUUUGAUCAUUGAAUCUAUUACCACGAAACCAUAGCGUACGAUGCUUGGACACUGUCUUUGUCGCAUCCUUCUCCCAUUGUUCUCAAGAUCAAACCGGACUAUUACUGCUGCA